CUUCUUUUCCCUCUUCUCUACCCUUAAUUAUAGGCGGUGGGUGGCUCUUCUCUGUUGUAGCAAAACUAACCCCACUAAGCACAAGUACACCAAGAACAUAGAAUGAUAUGUAACAUUAAUUAACCUUUUCCUCGUGUCCUCCUCUACCCUUCCGUUUAACCACUAUAUAAAUGGCCACCUUUAGCCUACCUCUUUCCUCCACAACAGCACCUUACUUCAUUACACCCUUCUCUCUCUCUACUUCUUUCUACUGGCCUUUUGCUCUUCCCUUAUUGCCCAUAAAGACUAGAUCUCAACUUUUUAGCUCUUUGCUAGGCUCUGCGAAGGAAUUUGGAGAUGAGCAUAACAGUUAAUGGCCAAUCAUGCGUUCCCCCGGGCUUUCGCUUCCAUCCGACAGAGGAGGAGCUCCUCAACUACUACUUGAGGAAGAAGGUGGCCUCCGAGAAGAUUGAUUUGGACGUCAUCCGUGACGUCGAUCUCAACAAGCUGGAGCCAUGGGACAUCCAAGAUAAAUGCAGGAUUGGCUCCACGCCGCAGAACGACUGGUAUUUCUUCAGCCACAAGGACAAGAAGUAUCCGACUGGAACCCGAACCAACCGGGCAACGGCUGCCGGUUUCUGGAAGGCCACAGGCCGCGACAAGGUCAUCUACACAAGCUUCAAAAGGAUCGGCAUGCGGAAGACGCUCGUCUUCUACAAAGGCCGAGCCCCGCAUGGGCAGAAGUCUGACUGGAUCAUGCAUGAGUAUCGCCUCGACGAUCACCUCGAUGCCUCCGGUACAAGUAAUGGAGAAACAACCCAAGAGGAUGGGUGGGUGGUGUGCAGAGUCUUCAAGAAGAAGAACCACAACAAAGCCAUGGACAACCCAAACAGCUGUUCUUCAGUGACUAGCGAUGCUGCAACACUUCAGUACAAAGCCUGUGAUGAUGCGUUAGAUCACAUCCUGCAGUACAUGGGCCGAUCGUGCAAGCAAGAGAUCGAGUCCCUUAACAAUCGCAGCGUCCUCGCCAACAGCACCAAUAUUCUCGCUGCGAGAUACCUAAGGCCGAUCGAGACGGUCGAAAGGUUCAUGAAGCUGCCGGCUCUCGAGAGCCCUUCGAGCCUUACGCCACCGCCGCCCAUCCAGGAGACCGUCCAAGUUGUUGAACGUAACAUGAAUCAACAUUACUACGCAGCCGAGAGAGGAAUGACCGACUGGGCUGUGCUGGACAGGCUCGUCGCGUCUCACCUUAACGGCCAAUCCGAGGUAUCGAAGCAGCUAGCGUGCUUCGAGGACGACCCCGCGGGCUUCGCGUUCUGCUCCUCUACCAAACUACUAGGCAGCAGCCAGGACUACCAGCAGGAUAACGGCGGCGACGGGGAUCUGUGGAGCCUGACGCGAUCGGCUUCGUCGGCACCAGAUAGUAUCAGCCAUGUGUCUUUAUAACGGAACCGCGCACUAACUGGUUGCUGAAAGGUUGGGUGCCGGGAAGUCAAUAUUGCUCUGAAAAGCGCUUUACUGUGUAAAUAAUUGCAAUCAAAUUAAGACUUGAGGUUGUUCACCCCGAUAUACAUAAUUAAUAAUAAAAGUGAUUUGAAUGAGAGAGAGAGAGAGAGAGAAAGAGAGAUAGUGUGUGCAGUGUGUGCGUGCUGGAGAGAGAGUGAGAGAGAGAGAAAGAGAAAAGAGAGAGAGAGAGAGAGAGAGAGAGAGAGAGAGAGAGUUAAGUGAGAUGGAGUGGCGCUAUCAAGGCCAUGAUCUCUUUGUUAACCCAGAAUAUUGGUCUAUCUAAUUAAUGCUGUUAGGAGAAUGGAAAGCCUUUUUUUUUCUA